CAUAACACCAUGUCAGCUUAAAAUUCAAAAUCUCAAAGUCAGUUAAUCACAUUCUCUCAAAGAUUAAUUGAGUAAUGGGCAAAUCAUUUAGAGCUAUGAUUUUUUCAUAUAUUAAAUCGGCAUAACAAAUUGAUUGAUUAUGAUAGACCUAAAAAACUGAGGAAGAUUCAGUAUCUUUUCAAAUUAGGAAAUAUAAAAAAAUUUUGCUGCCUUUUUUCAGUAAAAAAAAAUCUGUGAUUAUUGCGCAGAGCAAAAAUGGAUUAUUAUCAAACUACGAAUCCGAGUUAUGGAAUGGCGGAGGCUUCGAUGGCGAGUGAGGGAAUUCUAUUCGGGGAAAUCCGAAGGCGGGACAAAGUUGUCGUCUUUUCCCUCACUGGCCUGACUCUUUUGAUGCUGUCUGCUUGCUUCGUGUAUGGAAUGGUUCAACCGAAGAGACUUAUCAACCUUUUCUUCACUUUGUGUAUAUGUAUGAUGAGUAUCUCUGAGUUGGUCAUCAUCUUCUGGUACCGGAGGGGGGAGUUGGACCCCAAGUUCAGAUACCUCAUAUGCUACAAUGCCAUCUGCAUCAUCGCUCUCUGCACCUGCUGCCUCAUAUUCGCAGCCUCCGAAAAUUGAAGACCGCCGCAAAAAUCGGAUCUCUUCAAAUCUCCCCCCUAUUUAUACCUCAAUGAGUAUACACCCCUAUGCAUGACUA